AUGACUGAAAUCGGGUCACGUGCAGCAAAAGCAGCGAUACUUUUCAACUGUGGCUGCAGGAUCCAACUAGUCAUCAUCAUCAUCAUCGACAGCAUGACAUCAGUGUUCAACACCGGUGCUUCAGUGCCGUACAACCACGAUUUAUUUGAAAGCCUUAUUGUAAAGAAAAGAGUAAAGGUGCACGGGGAAGGGACUCAGUGCUAG